AUGAGCCGGAAAAAUCAACUAUUUUAUCAUUCUUCAGAAGCUGUUGAACUGGCAGAUUACAUGGAUGAAGACGCAGAGAAGUGUGACGAUGUAGAUAGGCUGAGCGAUUUGCCAGAUAACUUGCUCUGUCAUGUUCUCUUGAAGAUUCCCACAAAAGAUGUGGUUAAGAGCAGCGUGUUAUCAAAAAGAUGGAGAAAUCUCUGGAGAGAUGUGCCUGGUUUGGACCUGGGGUAUGGAGAUUUCCCGGAGUACAACGAAUUCGUGAGCUUCGUGGACAGAUUUCUGGGUUUCCACAGCGAAUCACGCCUGCAAAAUUUUAUUUUAGACGACCGAUGUUUAGACCUAGAUUACGAAUGGGAAUAUGAUGAGCCUCAUGGCGCUAAUGUCAAUCGGUGGAUCAACGCUGUUGUUAAACGGAAAGUUCAACAUCUCCAUGUUCUCGAGAGUAAAUGGGAGGUGGACGAGGAAGUGGAGAUACCUGCAGCAGUGUACACCUGCGAGAGCUUGGUAACGUUAAAGCUCCGUGACGCAUUCUUGCCUGAUCCCGAGUCCGUUUCUUUACCUUGUGUCAAAGUUAUCCAUCUGGAUGAGGUUAAGUUUGCCAACGAUCAGGCUUUGGAGAGGCUCAUCUCAGGCUGCUCGGUUCUUGAAAUCUUGACUGUAAACGGGGAUGACCACGACUGUGUAAAGGUUUUACGUGUGUGCUCUAAGUCUCUGUUGAGCUUCACUCAUGUCGGUCAGUGUGAGGAGAAUAUUGAUGAAGAAGAUCUAGUAGUUGCAGUUGAUGCUCCCAGGCUUGAGUAUAUGUGGCUCAGUGAUUUUGGAACUGAUAGUUUCAUAAUGAGUAAUCUGGGUGCCCUUGUGAAGCUGCAUAUGGAUGUUAGGUUUAACCUGUCUUAUCAAAAGAGGUUGGAUCCGAAUGAUGUGCAAAAGAGGAAUAUGAUUCGUAAGUUUCUCGUCGGGAUCUCUAGUGUCAGAGACAUGGACAUCGCUUCGGAUACUUUGGAGAUCAUCUAUGACUUGUCAAGAUGUGAACGAGUACCUUUGUUACGCAACUUAUCUUCCUUGAGUGCUCAAUUCUCCGACUACAGGUGGGAAAUGUUGCCAGUGUUUCUUGAGAGCUGCCCGAAUCUAAAACAUCUCUCCUUGGGUUUUAGUACAACUCCAGGGGAGCAGCCAGUUAGUAUUAUGCCAGGACCUCAUGGCUUCCUACCAACUCUCGAGUAUGUUGAGAUAGGAAAGCCAAUGGGAGAUGAAGAGGCGGAGACGAAACUAGUCAGUUACUUUCUGGAGAAGUCAACAGUCCUCAAGAAACUAACUCUGUUCUUAGAUCCUGACAGAAAGAAGGAAGCACCUGUCAUCCUCAAGAAGCUUCUUACAAUCCCAAGACUCUCUACCUCAUGCCAAGUUGUCGUUGCUGAUCCUCUUAGUUUCUGGGGUCCUUAG